GUAUCCUAAAACUGGCUAAAGAAUAGACUAAAAAUGCAAAUCUUUUAAAAAGUAUGAAUAUAAGAUUAGUUGAUAGCAGGAGGGCAAACUUAAUUUAAUGACUGAUGCAUAAAGAUGCUAAUAAUAUACUUUCAAUCAUAACAAAUGUUCACAAAGCGUUUCAUAUUUCACAUUGCACAUUUCACUACAGGUUACAGCGAAUGUUUGAAAGAGAUGGAUUCCUGGGAAACGUUUAUUCCUUUGUCAUCGAAAAGUUACAACAGAAAUGGUCGCAUAUUUUUAACAAUCAUCUUUCUGUCUGCUGUGAUUCUUAUAGGAGUCGGAUACGACUUGAAGGAGAAGGCAAAUUUUCGUUGCAACCCGAACAAGACAAUUGCUGCCGAUUUAGUAGCAAAGAAUUUUGUAGAGACGAACUGUUAUAUAGAGUAUGAACGGAUUCAUCAUCCAUCCGUGCCUGUGAGUAGGUUCGUUGUCAUAAAUUUUGGUCUUAUGCUGGUAAUUUCUGUCCUUUAUGUUGGCCUUGUGAACUCAAAGGUUGAAACAUUUCUUAGUAAAUCACCUCAAAACGGCGAUGAAAAUGACCAAGAAUCUUGGCUGAAAGAGAGAUCGCAAGAAACGAAUAUUUUUAUAUUUCCCUUGUACAUUUUACACCUAAUUCUCGGUCGUAUUGUGCCUAUAAUCUUGUACUUUCUUUUAAUCUACCCGGCAAAUUUUCCAAUGAAAUUCCAAUGCCAAUGGAACGAUGAAACUAUUGUAGAAUGUGUUAACCCGCUUGGAGAGAAAUUCACGACAUUGGCUACCUCAGCUUUGAUUAUUGAUUGUAUUAUCGGCACGCUUGGUUUUAUGGAAGUUGGGUAUCUGCUGUACAUUUUCUCUCAAGAUAGCGACUUUGCAAGCGAUGUCGAAUUCUGUUCCAUGUAUGUACUUGAAAAACGGAACUUGACAAUACGACAAAUUUUGAAACGAAUUCGAAAGACGGUUAGGAAGAACGAACAAUUUCGUUAUGUAAUGUCACCGUUCCAUCCAAGCGGACAACUGCUUGGUGAUUUGAAUUUCCGGUUUCUUGCAUACGAAGUAAUCGAAAGAAGUUCACAGAAGCACGAGAUUUAUAACGUGCAUUUAAAGCAAGAUCAAGCUUCGACGAAGAAUCCAUUGCUUCAUUUGUUCCCAGAUGAACAUGUACAGAUUGUUAUUGGUAACAAUGACAAUCAUACCAGCAACACCGACGACCCCAACACAACCACCGAUCCUAUAACUCAUUAUUCCCAAAUCUUAAAAAUUUGUGAUAAAAUUCUCAUCACUGGUCGAGCCGGAAUUGGUAAAACCACGGCAACCAAAGCUAUUCUAUACAGGUGGGCAACAUGUUCAUUCUUAGAAGACAAAGUUGUUAUCUUUCUGAGAUUUCGGGAAUUCAGAAAGAAUAAACUAACCACGCUUAAGAUGAUGUUACGCCAAGGUGAAGGGAUACCCUCGGGAACGAAUUUUGAAGAACUUUUUAAGUUUAUUCUUGUGAAUCCUAAGAAAGUUGUUCUCAUUUUUGACGGCUUGGAUGAUAUUCAAAUUGAUUGGGAUCAUUGUUUAGAAGAACUGGACGAAGAUACGGUAAACGAUUACCAAGGAACGAUGUCAAUGUUCGCAAUCUAUUUGAAGCUUCUCAAAAAUAAAUUUCUACCAGGUGCAACAAUAAUAACAUCAUCGAGACCUUACAAAGCAGAAAAGAUGUGCAAUUUCUUGAAGGUAACAUUUCAAACAAGGUUAGAGCUUCUUGGCUUCACUAAGAACGACAUCAAAGAUUAUGUGAGAGCAUUUUGCCAGGCAAGGCACGAAAGCGGGAAUGUGUGGAGAACAAUUGAAUCAAAUGCAGAGUUUUUGAGUUUAUGCUAUACACCAGCAACCUGUGAUCUUGUUUGUUUAAUUUUAAAUGAAUGCUUUGAGAAGUCCAAUACUGAAAAUGAUAUUGAAAAAUACAUUCCAAAAACUAUGACUGAAUUGUACCAACGAGCUAUCAGAGUUAUAGUUUCCAAACAAUUGAAAUUCAAAAGUUUUGGUACAAGAGGCUACUUAAUCUCAUCCCUACCUCAGUCGCCUGAAAACUUUAUGAAAAAAUUGAAAAAGAUAGCUAAAUCUGAAAUGGAAUCCACCGAAACAAGCUUUCAACUUGAAGCCGAAGAUAUUUCCCAAAAUAUCAUAAGCUGUGGUUUGCUUACACGAUUGCCAGACGAGUAUUAUUGUUUUCUUCACACCACCAUGAAAGAAUUUCUCGCUGCCUACCAUAUUGUUGACGGCAUGAAAGAUAUCUGUGAUGUGAGACAAUUUUUAAGUUCUUUCAAGAACUAUCUGGAAAAGCCUCACUGGCAUCUGGUUGUCCAGUUUGUUGCUGGUUUGUUGGGAGAGAAAAUACGACAGAAGAGCAUCGACGUACCAAAAGAAAAUAUUUGUAGAAGUUUCUUGCAAUUGAUUCGCCCUUUAACUAUGCCUAAUUCAAAAAUGAUUGACAAAAGUGCUGCUCUGCUGGUCAUCAAAUGCUUACAUGAAAUGCAAGAUAAAGAAAUGGUGAAAUUAUGUGCAAAUGAGGUGGAUGGUGGAGGUAACAAAGCCAUUUUCAAUCUCAGUGGACUAAAUAUUGCACCAGUUGAUUGUACAGCAUUAUUUCAAUUUCUUAUUCACGUUAAAAAUUUAACCAAACUAAACGUCUCUAACAAUCAGAUUUCUGAUCUUGGAUGCCAUGGUCUUGCAAAAUUCAUUAAUGAAAAAGUUAACCUUACUUUGUUAAAUUUAACUCGUAUUUCGUUAAGUGAUGAAGGCAUUAGGAUAAUAUGUGAUAAAAUAGAUACCAAAACACAUCGAAUAAUCAGCUUGAUACUCGAAAUUAAUCAAAUAAAAGCUGCAGGUGUGAAAUGUCUAUCGGAUGCAAUGAUAGGGAAAAAGUUGAAUCUAAAUCUGCUCGAUCUGAGAAGUAACAAAAUAUUUUAUGAAGGUGCCGAAGCCCUGAGCAGGGCCUUAAUUCACCCUAAUUGCAACCUCACUAAACUGAAUUUGAGUGGAGGUCAAAUAGGAAACGAAGGCGUUGCUGUACUUUGUGAAGCAUUGCAACAUAAGAAUUGUAAACUUGUCGAUAUAUGUCUUAGUGGUAAUAACAUAAACAGGGAAGGAGUCAAAAGCUUAUGCGAUGUCCUGCAAAUUGGGAAAUGUAAAGUAACUAGUCUAGUUCUUCAACGAAAUGGCCUGAAAGCCCAUGAUAUUGAACCGAUACGUGAUGUUUUGUUGAGUAAAAUCUGCACGCUUACUAAAUUAGACCUUGGUGUUAACGAGUUAGCUGACGUUGGAGUGGAGUGUAUUUUUCCUGGUCUUAUAGAAGAAAAUAUCUGCAAGCUGGUGCAUUUAUCCCUAGCUAACAACAAGAUCAAAAAUCAUGGCGUGGAGACGGUUUGCAAUGCGUUAAUGAAUGAAAAUUGUAAACUUACCUUGCUGGAUCUCUCCUGCAACGAGAUAGGCAAAAUAGGCGUCGAACAUCUCAGCAAAGCCUUGAAAAACCAAAAUUGUAAAAUCAAUCAAUUAAACCUUUUGAACAAUAACAUGACUAAACAAGAUAUUCAAAAACUGAGGUCACGCCAUGGACGCUUAGUAAUAAUUCACUAAUUGUUGCCUGUAAUAUGAUGAAACGGGUGUUGGAAGGAUAUAUCAAUGACAAUGUGUCGAACAGAGAUUACCGAUCUAGGAAAUGUCUUAAUAUGAAGUGGACUACCUGAAAAAUACAAAGAAGUACAAGUUUCAAAAAUACAAGUACAAAAAUACAAGAAAAAAGUCUCAAGAGGUUAUCGGUGUUGAAGUACUUAUGAAGAAUUGUUUGGUAUACGAUUUUCUGGCGUCAUAUUAGGGUAAAAUGGAAGAUUUUUCAGAAAGAGUUAAUUCAUUUUGGGAACAUUUUUGCCCACACUAUAAUAAUUUGAACGAUAUUACCAGACAUGAACAUCCAUCGAUGAGAAAAGUUCAGAAAUGUCGACAUUAGAAAAACAUGUGAUUUGAACUGAUCCGUGUAGAAUGGUCUUAGGUAAAUUUUAGUAUUACCCCUGUACUGUAGUCAAACAAUACUAGUAUAUAUAUAUAUUUACACCGUCACCGGGCAACAAAUGCGCUCGGUUUUUGUUGUAAACAGUAAGACUACUUUUA